AUGGGACACAAUUCAGACAAGAUGUAUGUGACUCAUUCCGAGCAUUCAUCGGGAUCACAUACAGCUUCCAGUACAGGUAAAAGAGUGGAAAGUGGGAAAUCUGAAUUUCUGAGGUUACCUUUCGAUUCUUGCGCUCUAUCGUUACAACCAUUCAAGAAUCCAGUAGCAGUCAUAGCUGACACUGAACCUGGAGAAACACCAAGGGCCGAUGUUUUCGAUCUCUUGAACAUCGUACCAUACGUAAGAAAGUAUAAGACGAAUCCUGUAUCGGGUAAACCCUUAGAAACGAGUCAGUUGAUCAAGUUGAACUUUGCCAAGAAUGCCGAGGGAAACAUGCACGAUCCUAUCACAUAUAAAGUAUUCUCGCCACAUAUACACAUAGUCUUCCUGAAAAAUACCGGAAAUGUGUUCGACAUGGCGUCAUUACAGCUACUAGCUAUAAAGCCUAAGACCUGGAGAGAUUUGGUCAACGAUGAACCUUUUAAGAGGGAAGAUAUAAUAACGAUACAAGAUCCACAAAACCUUGCUGCUAGAGACUUGAGAGAAUACGAUUAUGUCAAAAAGGAUAAGAAAGUCAACGAUGACGAUAUUGCUGGCGACCCCUUGAGAGGUAUAAAUGUUGAUGCAGCAGGGGGAGCAAGCAAAGUAUUGAGAAUGAUUGCAGAGAAGACAAGAGCAGAGCAAUCGCCUGUGGCAUCAUCGUCCCCGAAAAUGGCAGAUCAAAACGACAAGAAGGAAGGUGUGAUAGCCAAGCGAAAAGUGGAGCAAUUAGCAUACAACGCAUCAAAUUUCAGUUCGGGAAGAACAGCCGCAUCUUUUACUAGUACUUCGUUGACACCGCAAGUGAAAUCUGAACGAGCAAUGUUUGAUGAGGAAGAAUUCAUGUUCGAGGAGAUGUCACGUCCGACGAAAGAAAAGGAUCGGUUAAAAUCCAAGGCCUACGCCACGAUAUUAACGAAUUUCGGAGGUUUGAAUGUUGAGUUACACGGUGAUAAAGCACCUAAAACAGUGUAUAACUUCGUCCAAUUGGCUAAACAAGGUUAUUAUGACAAUGUCGUCUUCCAUCGAUUAAUCCCUGGCUUCAUGGUGCAAGGUGGUGAUCCUACUGGAACAGGAAGAGGUGGACAAUCAUUUUGGGGUGAACCAUUUAGAGAUGAAUAUAGUGAAAAGGGAGCUUAUAAGCAUGAUGGAAGAGGUGUUCUGUCAAUGGCAAAUAGCGGACCAAGAACGAACUCUUCGCAAUUCUUCUUCACGUUUAGGGAAACAUCUCAUCUGAAUGGCAAACAUACCGUUUUCGGUAAACUCGUAGGAGGUGAAGAUGUUUUAGACAAGAUUGAAAGAAUAGCUGUUAGACCUGGAGGUGACAGACCUGCUAAAGAUAUCAUAAUACUAGGAGUUAACGUUCUGCAAGAUCCUUUCAAAGCAUAUCAAGAAAAGUUAAAAGCUAGAUUAGCAAGGCAAGAUCAAUCAGAUGAAGCACUGCGUAAACGAGCAGUAGCGAAAGAAGAAAGAGAAAAAGAUAGAACGACAUGGUUAGGUACUAAUUUAGGUGUUAAAGGUGAAAACAAAGUAGAAAAGGAGAAGAGAAAGAUAGAUGAAGUUUCAGGAGGUGUAGGUAAAUAUCUGGCCACAGCAUCGAAAUCUACUUCGGGAACCAAAGGAUCUGUAUCGGAUGUUAUGGAUUUCGGAGGGGAAAAGAAGAAAAAGAAAGCUGGUGGUUUUGGUGAUUUCUCAGGUUGGUGA